ACGCAGUCUCAGAGCUGGCGUCCCCGUACGUUGCGAGCUGGCGGGAGCUUUGGAGCGGCGGCUCACUGCAUCCGCGUUGGGUGUCGGGAACGUGGUGGCUGGGCGGAGCAGAUUGCCAGAGUUUGAAUCCUGGUGUAACACUUCUCAUCUGUAGACCUAUGAGAAGAUCUUGAAACUGUCUACCUCAGUUUCCCUGUCUGUAAAAUGGGCUAGUAAUAGUGCCUAGGGCAUAAGGAUGUCAAGAGGAAUAAAUGAAUUAACUCAUUGGCUUAGAGCAAUACCUGAUACUAUUCCCAGAGACGGCACCCAGGGAAUGUAGCUAUUGGAGGUUUCAUAGCAUCAACUUGAAUCGAUUUGCAUUUCAAAAUUGGAUCUGCACAAAGACUAGAUAUUGUGGAAUGACUAGCAAACAAGCAAUGUCAUCGAAUGACCAAGAAAGGCUCUUGUGUUAUAACGGGGAAGUCCUUGUUUUUCAGUUGUGUAAGGGAAAUUUUGCAGAUAAAGAACCUGCAAAAACACCCAUAUUACAAGUCCGAAGAAUGGCUUUUGACACAGGAACAAGAACAUUUGUUCAGAAGUCCAUUGGAAUAUUCAGAUUAAAGAAAGAAAAAAACUCCCAUUUUAAAAUCACAUGUUGCAACUGUGUAUCUGAUUUCAGAACUGGAAUCAACCUGCCUUGCAUUGUGUUACAAAGCAAUAAAAAGAGUAAUAUUAUCCAAUACUUGCUACUAUUUCUUCACAGUACUAAUACAUUUGAAAAGCGUUUGAGUUUUAAAGUAGACCAUGAGUUGAAGGACAGCAUAAGGGUCCUUAAUGGUCCUUUAGUUUUAUGGCAAUGUGUCAGCACAUUAUUCAUUAUUUCUUCCAAAACUGGCAAUAUUGUUAGUGUGUCAGACACCUUCUCCUCUGUUAUAUGGGCAGGGGAGAUUGGAAAUCUAGGUACUGUUUUAUUAGGAGUAAAGAAAUGCUGUUUUUCUGAGGAAGGAUCCCAGAUGCCUUCAGAACCAGAUUAUGCAAUUUGGAAUACCAAGUUUUGUUUAUAUGCACUUGAAAGUAAGGAAAUACUAAGUGAAGCAUAUAUUAUCCCUGCUGCAUAUAGCGGUGUGACUUGUGUCCAUGUCUGUGCGACCGAGAUCAUCAACAACCAGAUAAGAAUAUCUCUGCUUGCCCUUACUAAAAAAAAUCAGCUGAUUUCAUUCCAAAACGGGACUCCUAAAAGUGUAUGCCAGCUUCCAUUUGGCGAUCCCUGUGCAGUUCAAGUUAUGGAUUCAGGUGAAGAAAACCUCUUUUUCAUUGUAUCAUUUAGGUCCAAUGAUGCUUGUGCUGUUUGGAAAAAGAACUUUCAGGUUGCUGCUAAGUGGGAAAAAGUUAAUUCAGUACUGAUAGAUGAUUUUGUUGGAACUGGAACUGAUCAAGUGUUGGUACUUUUUAAGAACUCCUUGAACUCAGAUUGCCUGACUUCAUUUAAACUAACAGAUCUUGGCAGCAUAAACUAUUCAAGUGAACCAUUGGAUUUCAAUGAAGAUGAUUUAUUUGAAGACAUACAAGAUAAUCGUCACUUGGUGAUUCCUCCUCUUCAAGGAAGAGUGAAAGUUGGAUUAGCUUAUAUUCAGGAAUUACAGAAGCAUCUCUUGCUUAAGGAAAAAAUUAUUUCACAGUCGUUCAAAGCGUUAAUGAAUGUGUUUCAAGACAAAGAUGAUAAUACACCAAUUACAGAGGAGGCUAAUCUUGUCCCUCUUUGGGGUGAAGAAGAAAACUGUGUCCCUACCUUGGAUACGAAGUUAUCAGACAGUUUUCAAGAUUCAGAACAGCUAGUCGAGGAAAUAUGGUACCGUGUAAUGGAUGAUAGCUUGGUUGUUGGAGUGAAGGCCACAUCUUCCUUGAGGGCGUCCUUGAAUGAUGUGACUGUAUCUCUGCUAAUGGAUCAAGCCCAUAGUUCCAGCUUUCGGCCUAUUAAGUGUCAGAAUAAGGUGAUUAAGUUGAGUACAGAGUCUUGUGCAGCACCACACUUGAUACCAUACCAAAUAGGAUCAGAUGCAAAAAGGGUCAAGUUGACUCUUUAUAGUCAGCAAGAAGAAAAAUCUGUUUCUGAAAAACCACCUAAGAAAGACAGUAUACAGCUGGUUACUGCUGUCACAUCUCUUUCACCACUUUUAGCAUUCCAUAAAUUUUGUUGUAUUGUGGUGCUACAAAUUAGAGGAAGAAAAAAUGGUAACUACCCUGAAGAUCAUUAUAUUCCGUGUGGCAGAGUUUUCUUGAGUCUAGAAGAUCUUUUGAGUGGGAAAUACUUGAUGACACUUCCAAAGAAGAAACCUAUAGAACACAUGGAAGAUCUUUUUGCACUUCUUACAACAUUGCACAAGUCUUGUUUUCAAAUCACAUCACCCAACUAUGUCCUGAAUGCUGUGAAGGUGUGGCUCCUAGAACACAUGCAUUGUGAAGUAAUCAAAGAAUUUCCAGAAACGUGCUUUUGUAAAAGGCCAGGAAGUUUCUAUGGGACACUCUUCAGCUGGAAACAAAAGUCACCAUUUGAAGGGAUUUUAAUUGUCUACUCCAGGAAUCAAACAGUUUUGUUCCAGUGCCUUCAUGAUCUCAUCCAAGUUCUCCCUGUAAACAGUUUCUUCAGAAAUUUAAAAUCAGAACAUGAGGAUUUCCUAAUUAGUCAUUUGGCAUUAAGUUUGGAGGAGGAACUGGUUACCCUUGAUUCUCUUUCUUCUGUCUUAACUAAGGUCGAAAGCAACUUUUUGCAGAGGUGUGAAGAGAGCAAAAGAGAAAAGAGUAGUGCUGUAGCUGAUUCAUCAGACAGAGAGGAAGAUAUCCAUUUGUAUAGCAAAGAACUUCAGAGAGAAAAGAAAAUAUUGAGAAAACAUAGAAAAGCGAGUGGUGCCGUUUACAGAGAAAUUAUUUUCAAAGUAGUUGAGAGGCAGUUGAUAUCAGACGUCACAGCACAGAAACUGACCCAUUUAUAAGUUUUAAAUUGGUCAUAUUCUAAAAAUGGGUUUUUCACUGCCUUAAAGUUUUGGUUGCAGUUGUUAUAUAAGUCCUUUGCAAAAAUAAAGAUUGAGUCUUAUUGUAGUAGAAUCUUAGUUUAGAUGAUGUAUAAAGUAGUAUGUAUUAGAGAGCAGCAGUUCUCAACUGGGGCUGUUUGGCCAUGUUGAAGACAUUUUGUGGUUUGUCAGAGGUUGUGGGGUCAGGGAGAGAUGAGAUGAGGGUUUCUAGAGGCAGCUAGUGGGUAAAGAAAGCCAGGGACGCUGCUAAUAUCCUGUGAUUUCUAGGAUACUCCCCCACCCCCAACAAAAUGAUCUGGCCCAAAAUGUCAGCAAUGCAAAGGCUGAGAAAUCCUGUCUCACACUUACUACUUAAGGAGGACAGAAAUGAUAGAACAGAAUCUUGGUGUAAAGUCUUUAAAGCGCUUCAUCCUCUUCUUGUCCUCUGCUGAAUAAAAUCUAACAUACAGAAGUCAAUUUCAAAUGGAUAAAUUCUGCCAGGUUGUCAGGAUUUAUAAGUUUCUGUAAAUAUUAAACUCCCUUGAAAACUUCAAUGGCAGCAUAUCUGGGUGAGACUCUGAAAAUGAAAAUUUUCGAAACCCUUGUUAAUUUAACUUUUAUUAGAAAGAUGCUCUGAAAUUGUUUAAGUGUACAUAGGAAUGUGAGGAUCUUAAGGCAUAUUUCUGAAAAGCGUAUCUCUUUCAGAAGGUUGAGUAUACCUCACAGGCCACUAUUUUUAAAACAUUGAAAAAUGCUUUUAAGCCAUCUGAAAUUCUAACUCUAGGCAAAGCUGAAAUAUAAAAUUCUAACUAAAAUAACUUAAAGAAUAUAGUGCUCCUUAGGGACUGAGACAUUUAAAAAUAAGUGAAAAUGCACUUCAGUUAUGAAGGGAUUUAUAAGGCAGCCUGUGAAAGACAUUUCAAAGGGGUAAAAUUUCAACCUAGUCUCUUUUUUUUUAGAAAAAUAUGAAUUCUGGACUGAGAGUGUCAAGAGAGAGAAAAAGACACAAAAGGAUAUGGGCCCAAAGAAAUGCUCUUGAUCCUUUGUGCUCUAAAAUUCUUAAGUGAGAUGGAUGCUUCUAUCUCAGUUGAAAGAAAGAAAGAUGAUUCCAGAAAGUGGAAUUUAUGCUGGCACUUAUGAAGUACUGAUUUCUCUCUUGCCUUAGACGUGUUUUUUCUUAAUGAACUGAUCAUGCAAAUGAUUGUUAGAGAUUAUUGCUUAUUAGUUUCGUGUCUUGAUUUUUAUGAUUGUCCAUAUAAUGCACCACCCCUUUUUCUGCUAAGCCACUGCACAGUGAGGUAGAACUCUACAGCUUGCUCUCUGGGUAAUGUUGAUGGAAACUAUUUCAGACUUUUUGCAAAUGGGAAUGGAAUAAAUUCAUGAUUAAUUUUAAAAAUCUGUACUAUGUAUUAUGUGCUCUCUUUUGAAAUUGUCUCUGACAUGUUCUGAAAGAGCACACUAGUAUAAAAUACAUAGGAGAUAAACUGUAAAAUGAAAGUUGUCAGAAAACAAAACAGGAUGAGAUUGUAAUUGUUAAGGGAACUUAGGAUACUAAAAAUUAACUUUUUUUAUUGUAAACACUUUUAUUUAGUAAAUAUAAUUUUCCAAAGUACAAUUUAUGAA